AUGUCAGAAGCCAAAAAAGCUGUGACCAAGAAGCAUUUUGAGCUCUUGCAAGUUCUGUUGGCUGAAGAACUGCUGGAGUUCACUGAUUCAACAGAGAAUGGGGCUACAUCCAUUGUCUACAGAUGCAGGCAGAAAGGGACCCAGAAACCUUACGCCGUCAAAAUGUUGAAGAAGACAGUAGACAAGAAAAUUGUCCGCACAGAAAUUGGUGUUCUUCUUCGCCUUUCACAUCCAAACAUUAUAAAACUGAAGGAGAUAUUUGAGACUCCUACAGAAAUCAGUCUUGUUCUGGAAUUGGUCACAGGUGGAGAACUCUUUGACCGGAUUGUGGAAAAGGGUUACUACAGUGAACGAGAUGCUGCUGAUGCUGUUAAACAAAUCCUGGAGGCAGUUUCU